GACCAGUUGACUUUUCCUCUUGGCGAUGUCGCCAUGGCGGCGCGGCCGUGGUGCACUGCUUGCGGCAGUGGUAGUCCUUUGGCCGCGGACCUGCGACCUUUUCGCGUUUUGCGGAGGUGUGAAGCGAGUGCAACGACUGGGGCAACACCUAGCGGCCACCAGUCAAUGGCUUCCAGUUGCCAGCACUCCCGCACUGGAACCCGCAGACGAUGCGACAGUUCUGCCGGUGUUCCCCCUGUCGUCAGUCUACUGGCCUGGCUCGGAGGCCACACUGCAGAUCAUAGACCCUGCCUAUCGCAAGAUGUACGAUGACAUCCUCAUGUCGGGCUCCCGGCGCUUCGUGGUCACCUUCACCCGCAGCUUGCCGGGGGGCCGGGUACGCUACGCGGAGAUGCCGGAGGAGGACCGGCGCCUCUUUGAGAUCGGCACGGUGCUGUACCUCACCGACUUGGAGGAGGUGAGCAGCCAGACAGGGGGCCAGGUGAAGUAUGUGGCGAAGCACGAGGUCCAAGACCGCGCCCAAUUGGUGCGCCUGCUCAACCCUUCGGCCUUGUUUGAGACGGACAGCAAAGGGAACAAGAUCAACUACCUCAAGGCCGAGGUGAGGCUUCUGCCCAGCGAGGAGGAGAACACCGGCGAAGAGACGUGGAGAGGUGAUUUGCUGGACACCUGGCGGCAGCUGCAAGUGCUUUCCCACCAGUUCCAGGAGCCGCACCUCGCUGGGAGCUUCUUCUCUUCUGUGGCGCCCAACGUGAGCAGCUGGGUCCUGGCCGCGGCCUGGCAGCAGCUGCGGGUGGCCACCCAGGUGAAGCGACUGCAGAAGCAGGCCAUGGAAGAUGUGAAGCAGUACAUCGAGUCCGGGGACUUCAAGUCCCUCACACAGGAGGAGGCCUUAAAAAAGCUGCCGCCAGGUCUGCUGAGGCGCUUGUCCGGGCAGGUCGAUCUCGAUCAGGACUUCUGGCUGGCCCUGCUGGAGAUUUUGUCCGCGGACUCGGCGCAGCAGAGGGGCGAGAAGCUGGCGGAGCUGGUGGAGGCCGAGCUAAAGCUGUCGCGGACCCGGUUCGCACUGAAGCAGGCGCUGAACUGAGGUCUGGCGGCCUCGCGCCUUGGAAAGCAGGGUCUGGCUGGGUUCCAGGAACUCCAUGAACCCAGAGGAAACAUAAGGCUGUGGUU